AUGCAGCUCGUCGCGAACCAGGCGCGCCUCGCUGCGAGCACGCGGCGAUCUGUGGUGGCGCGCGCCACUGAGGAGCCCGGCGUGGAUGUGGACAAGAUCGUGAAGGACCUGAGCGAUAAGUGGGAGAAGGUGGACAACAAGACGGGCGUGGUGCUGUACGGAGCCGGCGCCGUCGUGCUGCUGUGGCUGUCGAGCACCAUCGUGGGCGCGAUUGACGCCGUGCCGCUGAUCCCGAAGCUGUUUGAGCUCGUUGGUCUGGGCUACACUGCGUGGUUUGUGUACCGCUACCUGCUCUUCCAGAACAGCCGCGAGGAGCUCGUCAAGGAUGUGGAUGAGCUGAAGAAGAAGAUCACCGGUGGGGACGUCUAA